CCAGGGAAGAGUGCACAUGUACCAGCUCUGGCUGUGACUGAGUGGCAGAUGACAAGGUCCCAUUUAGCCUUGGAGUGAGCCAUGAAGUUUCUACUUAUUAGCUGGAUUUCCCUGGACUGACUGAUUUCCUUUUAACUGCAUUAGUGUGGAGCACAUCAUUCAGGCCUCAAGUGCAAAACCCCAGAAAAGCAUGAACCAAUCAAGUGACAGAAAAUGGACCCAUAUAUUCCGCUUUAUAAUGGUGUCCCUGUUGUGCUCUGUGCAUGCAGAUUAUGGGAACUGUGGGGAAAAUGAAUAUUAUAAUCAGACGACUGGCAUGUGCCAAAGCUGCCCUGAAUGUGAGCCUGGGGAAGAACCAUAUAUGACCUGUGGUUAUGGCUUUAAAGAUGAAGACUUUGGCUGUGUUCCUUGCCAGUCUGGCAAAUAUUCAAAAGGAGGCUACCAGAUUUGCAGAAGGCACAAAGAUUGCGAGGGGUUUUUCCGCGCUACUGUCCUAACUGCAGGGGACAGUGAGAAUGAUGCAGAAUGUGGACCAUGUCUUCCUGGGUACUACAUGUUGGAGAACCGUCCCAAGAGCAUGUAUGGAAAUGUUUGCUACUCCUGUCUGUCUGCGCCUCCAAACACCAAGGAAUGUAUUGGAUUAUCAGCCCCUAUUUCUGGCAGUUCCACAAGUACAACCGGCUCAAGCACCAUCUCCCCUUUCCAACAUCCACACAAAGUAGAAGUGUCUGGACAAGGACAUUUGGCCACGGCUCUGAUUAUUGCAAUGUCAACAAUAUUCAUCAUGGCCAUAGCCAUUGUUCUCAUCAUCAUGUUCUACAUUUUAAAGACCAAGCCUUCUUCUCAAGCAUGUUGCACCGGCCCUUCAAAGAAUGUGGAAGCUCAGAUCAACCAACAGGAAGAGAAAAAGGAGGUGCCAGCUGAAAAUAUCUUUUCUGAAAAAGAUGAAUUUGAAAAAUUGUCCGAGACCCAGACUAAAACAGAAAAAAAUGAAAAUGAUGCCUCGUCAGAGAAUGAGCGUCUUUUAAGCCGUAGCAUGGACAGCGAUGAAGAGGCAGCCAUUGACAAACAAGGGAGCGCGGAGCUCUGCCUCUUAUCAUUAGUGCACCUGGCAAGGGACAAAUCCACCACAAACAGCAAAUUAACUGGGAUCCACAGUCGGAGGAAAAAGAUACUGGACCUUUAUGCCAGUGUAUGUAAUGUUGCAGAAGGUCUCAGCCCUACAGAACUGCCGUUUGACUGCCUAGAAAAGACCAGCAGAAUGCUUAGUUCUACAUACAAUACAGAAAAAGCAAUAGUCAAAACAUGGCGUCACCUUGCUGAGAGCUUUGGCUUGAAAAGGGAUGAAAUUGGUGGAAUGACAGAUGGACUUCAGCUCUUUGAUCGCAUCAGCACUGCUGGAUACAGCAUACCAGACCUGCUUACUAGGCUGGUACAGAUUGAGAGACUGGAUGCUGUGGAAUCCCUGUGCACAGACAUUGUAGAGUGGGCACAAGGAACACCCACAUUAAACCCACCUUCUUUACCCAAAAAUGAAAGCUCGUGAACUGAGACUGGACACGUAAAGUCCUUUUGUAUUGAGGACAUGCAUAAGGUUACACAAUGAGCACCCUGUACAAUCUAGCAAUCCUAAAUCAUUUCAGAAUAGAGGAAUAUUUGCUUUUCCUGUAUAAAGAUGCACACUGAACAUACUGGAGAUGCCACAGUUGGAUAUCCAGCAGUAUUAAACACAUGUAGCACUGAGAAGGAUGAUUCUCACGUAGAGAAUGCAAAUGGAAUAGCAUAUUUCCUAAAAAGACAACUGAAUUAUGGACAACAUAUUCAAAAAAUAAGUGCAUGGUGGAAAUUGGUCUAAUUUUUUUCAAGAAACAUUUUCUUUUCCCAUCUAGUGUAUAAAUCAUAUAUCAAACGCUACAGUAGUUUCUGUUAGCCUUGAAAGAAAUGAAAUGUGGCAUUUUUGCUGCUGAAGAAUCCACCAAAAAGAAAGACAUUCUGGACCAGCAUAUAAAGUAAUAUGGACUCCAUGGGUGCAGAUAUUGCUAAACAUACUAACACAUGAACACUUUUGAAACUGUUGUACUUUGUCUUGAAUGAUUCUGUCUUUGCAGUUUAGGAAAGGCUUUACAACAUGGGAUUUUUGCUAUCUGGGCAAACAGAGAAGAGAAUCAUGAAAUGACUUAUAAUAACUAAGUGACCAGAAGCCACAAUUUUGUUAUAAAAAUUCUCUGUGCAGAAUCUGUAAAACUGUGCACUUUUCUCCAUUAGUGUUCAAAUGAUUUCUACCCAAGAACAUUUCUUAGUGAAGUAUGCUUAGUACAGCCAAUACCUAUUACCUGCAUUAUAAGAUUCACUUGUUGAGCCAAUCAAUGAGCCAAUGCGGUCCAUGAUCUUAAUAAAAAAAAAUCAAACCUGACUUGAUUUUCAGCCAGAUAUUGGUUGAGUUGGGCCGUUGGGGGUCGCCAUACAUGGGGUGUCGAAUUGGUCUAAAGGACUUAAAUUGGCAGCUUAAAUCUGCCUGUGUAUGGCUACUGUAAGCCCUGAACAAUCUAUAAACAAACUUUGGCAGUUAUUUCUGCUAAUAUUUGCUUGACAAAUGACUGUGCAUCUUUGUCACUAGGGGCAUUUAUCUAAA